CGGAGUACUACUACUGCAUAAGUACUCUCUCAAGAUUACCAUCUGGCCAUAUCAUAGCUGAACAAAGCUGAUAUUAUAUGAGCACCCGCAAUUUCCUCCUAUAAAGGUCGUACACAGCGAGCCUUGUAUAUCUGUCUCUCUCUUCAUAAAUACUGCCUGUGAGACCACAAAGAGACUUCUGUGGAAGUAUUGUAACUUUUGGUGUCAGUCGGUAUACCUAAUGGAAGUUGACCGCUUCUCCUUUCUUCCCUCUUUUGUUCCCCUCCAACCUCAUUUCUGAUCAAACCUGCCAUCUUUGCGCGGCUGCGCUUGUUAGCCUUCUUACAACCACCUCACCUUGGUUUGAAGCUGUGGGCUUAGACUCAAUACUACCAGUCUCUAUGCAACCUUUAAGCACGGGAAUGGAGUUGACAAUGCCUUGUCAGCGGGCGCGGGUCUACUCACACAUUAAGUGUCAUGAAGCUGUGCAAAUGGAACCUUUCCCCAUCCGCAACUUAGAUACAUAUGACUGGAAAGAACUUGAGAAUAGAUUUCUCAAAGUCAUGGAGCAACACAAAGAAGCAGAAGAUGCCCUUAAGAAUCACAUCUCCAGAAUGCUAGAGAUUUUUAUGGCAUGGUCUCAAACCACUAUUACGUGUGACGAAACAAGGGCCUUGAAAAGAUUCAAAACCCAGAUGCAUCACGUUCAGAAUUCCGGAGAGAGCUUAGAGAAGAAGAAGCGACAUUAUACCGAUGUUGUCAAGGCAUUUGAAAGUGCUCUUGCAUUACUGGAUGACCGUCUUUAGUCAUGCACAUGGUCACAAAAUCGAACCCGGAUCAUUGGAUCACACUCCUGUUCCUCCGUUGCCGAUUGCCCAGCAAUGGUGGGCCCUCUUUGUGGGCGACCCAGGAGAAUCGAGCCAUAUGAUGUUACGAAUACGUGUCACUGCCGCUCAACUUUCUGAUGACUGGGCUGAGUUCUUGCUUGGAACGAGAUGCACAAGCAUUGUUAUCCUACACUCCUGCUGUCAUUCUGCCUGUCCAUCCUUCGUAUAAUGUCAUCUAACCCAGCAUUAUCACGUCUUCCCGUGCUCGCUAGGAGAUUCUCCUCCUCGGCUUCCUCGGCUUCCUCGGCUUCCUCGUUAAGUGAGCGCUCGUCUUGUCGUGGUGAGCGAACGAUGAACGUGACAACAACGAGUAAAUAAAAGCCU